AUGGCGCUGGGACUGCUCAUCGCCCUGCCGCUGCUGCUGCAGGCGGCGCCCCCCGGCGCCGCGCACUACGAGAUGAUGGGCACCUGCCGCAUGAUCUGCGACCCGUACAGCGCCGCGCCCGGCGGGGGUCCCGCGGGGGCCAAGGCGCCGCCGCCGGGACCCAGCACCGCCGCCCUGGAAGUCAUGCAGGACCUAAGCGCCCACCCUCCGCCCCCGUUCAUCCAGGGACCCAAGGGCGACCCUGGGCGACCAGGCAAGCCCGGGCCGCGGGGGCCACCUGGAGAACCGGGCCCGCCUGGACAGGGGUCCCCCGGGGAGAAGGGCGACUCGGGGCGACCCGGGCUGCCGGGGCUGCAGCUGACAGCGGGCACGGCCGGCGGUGUCGGGGUGGCGGGCGGCGGCACCGGGGGCGGCGGCGACGCUGAGGGCGAAGUGACCGGCGCGCUGAGCGCCGCCUUCAGUGGUCCCAAGAUUGCCUUCUACGUGGGUCUGAAGAGCCCCCACGAAGGCUACGAGGUGCUCAAGUUCGACGACGUGGUCACCAAUCUCGGCAAUCACUACGACCCCACUACCGGCAAGUUCAGUUGCCAGGUGCGCGGCAUCUACUUCUUCACCUACCACAUCCUCAUGCGCGGGGGCGACGGCACCAGCAUGUGGGCGGAUCUCUGCAAGAACGGGCAGGUCCGGGCCAGCGCCAUCGCGCAGGACGCAGACCAGAACUACGACUACGCCAGCAACAGCGUGGUGCUGCACCUUGAUUCUGGGGACGAGGUUUAUGUGAAACUGGACGGCGGGAAGGCGCACGGAGGCAAUAACAACAAGUACAGCACGUUCUCCGGCUUUCUUCUGUACCCGGAUUAGGGACUUGGGGAACAGGAGGUGGGGCGGCUUCAGACUGCCCUAUGCCCACCGGGGAGCGCUGCUCCUCGGCGAGGACCACUCUCACUUCUUGACACUUCUGACAUCUUCGUUGGAAAAGACACAUCCCUGCUGUUCUCCUUGCCCCAGUCCCAACCUCACCACGUUCAGGCUGUGCUCCUGGUCCCUGUCCCCAACCCGGGGAGGGAGCGGGGUAUGGCCCAGUGGGAACUGAGAGUCAGUCUGAACCCUGGACCUUGCGGCAGUGGCCCGGCACAGACUUUGGAAACCUGUACUGAACGCCACCUGAUUGGACUGAACAGGUGGGGAAGCCUGCCUUCUUCCAGCCCCUCCUCGUCCAAGUGCCCUGAGCCUAGGGCUCUAGCCCUGGUUAGCCAG